CAGUAACAGACAGGCAAGAAGGAAGGAUGGAGGAAGAACGGGAUGUGCCUAAGAGGCCAUGGGAUACCUGUCGAGAGGUUCCCAUCAUUGAAGAUGAGCAGACGCCAUGGAAGAUGAUCAAACUACUAAAGAUCAUCACUCUGUGUAUCGUCACUGUGUUUGUGUUUGGAUUAGCGCUAUGUAGCAAGGCUUCAUUCCUCCUCCUCAUCACCUUGUCCAAUGAAGGCACAAAAACCCUCCCAGAUGAAAUGAGACCUGUCGCUUUGCUUUGCAUUGGCUGCAUUCUCAUCAUUUCCAGUGUCUUCUUAUUACUCAAAAGCUUAUGGAAGGCAUGCUACAAAACAUCAAAGCUACCAAGAAAAUCAACUAUUGCCCUGGUUCUGUUCUUCGAGUUUGUGGUGGCUAUGGGAGCAGCGAUCCUCACCAUUGUGGCAAUGCCACACUUGGACAUUGUGACAAACGUGACAAUACUGAACGGUAUAGCUGUUGUCUCUGCGCUCCUACAGGUGAUCUGUCAAUGCACCGCCCAAGAAAGGAACCGCUUCCUGGUGCCAUCCAUCACCGCCUUCCUCCUCCUUUUGCUCGGUUAUGUCCUGUUCCUCUUCUUAUACAUCACAAAGGACCCCACUGAUGUCAAGAUGGCCAUUUGGGUGGGUCUGGCUGUUGGCGGGUGCUUCUUGGUUUCUUUUAACUGGUGGGAGAGCUACUUCCGACUGAUCAGCGAGAACAGCAGAAACGUCAUUCUCAAGAACCUGUGUAAAGACAUAAAAAAGUGCCAGAACUUGCUGAACAUUCUCUCCAGCCUGCUCAGGAUCGCAGUGACGGCCGGUGUGCUCGGAGCUUACGUCCAUCUGGACAAAAUGGACUGGGCCAUUGUGACCUCCAUUCCAAGCCGUGAGACCAGAAUUAUAGCCAUUAUCAUUGGGGUCCAGCUGAUCUCUUCUGCACUCUGCCACUGGUUCUCUUUGGCAGCCUGCAAGAUGCAUGCCCUGCGACGAUCCUUCAUUCUACCUUUGUACCUGGCUUCUCUGGCCGUCAUGGUUCUGUUCAUCGUCCCCAUUAUUGUUUACUAUCAAGACUACAAAUUAAGUCUGAAUGGGACUUCAGUCAACUUCACAGGCUACUGCAAUGAAGUUGUAGAUGGAAGAAACCUAAGCUUGAACGGCAGUGUGUUCCCUGAGCUGGUUUUGGAUGCUACACACACCCUGUGCUUCCUGGACAUGUCUAGGAUAACUGACAUUGGCUUACUGACAGGUUCAGCAGUGUCCUGGUGGCUUGGUCUUGUGUUGGCAACCCUCCAUCUGUGGUACCUCAACGUGUAUCGUAUCCAGAGGACCCAAGACCUUUUCAUGAGGAGGCUGUAUGAGGGAGCCUUCAUUGAGCAGUCCCUGCUCCUCAACACCCGAUUUGACAUCCAGACCAAAUCCAGGACAAAGACUUUUAGAGCAUUUGAAACAGCAAUGGUGUAUCUGUGUGCAACCAUGUGGCAUGAAACCUACGAUGAAAUGAUGAACAUCAUUAUCUCAAUAUUCAGACUGGACAAGUACAGACCAAAGAUAGGGUCGAAAUACAAUGAUUUCACUUUCGAAGCCCAUGUCUACUUUGAUGACGCAUUCCUGGAUGUUGAAGGGAGUCGGGGGCGUCACCUAAACCAAUACGCAGAGACCCUUGUGGGAGUCCUCGCAGAAGUUUAUGGCAUCUUCACAAACAUUGAUGAGAAGUUCUUCAGAAAGACGCAGCAGAUCCCUGAUCAGAAGAUUGUAAGGACACCGUAUGGAGGUCGCCUGGUGCUCACCAUGCCUCAUGGUAACACCAUCACGGUUCACUUUAAGGACAAAGAACUCAUCCGUCACAAGAAAAGAUGGUCUCAGAUCAUGUACCUCUACUAUCUUCUUGGCUAUAAACUUAUGACCAAAUAUUACGAGCGCUGGCAGAAGGGAGAGAAUGAGGCUGAGCUGAAAGCAGAGAUCCAGAAAGAGAAGCACAACACCUACCUCCUGGCUUUAGAUGGUGACACAGAUUUCCAGCCGGCUGCUGUGAUGCUGCUCAUUGAUCGUUUGAAACUGUACCCACGUGUCGGGGCAGCGUGUGGCAGGAUUCAUCCCACUGGAUCAGGUUGGUCAAACACUCUAGAAGGAGAGGGAUCAUUAAUAACCAGACCAAUCAGCAAACAUUUGAAAGAAUUUGAGGACCUGAAAUGUAUUUAUGUUGAUGCCUUAUAUUUGUCCAUGUUUUUGGAUGGUUCUGGUCCCGCAGUUUGGUUCCAGAAGUUUGAGUAUGCUGUCAGUCAUUGGCUGCAAAAGACAGCAGAGCACGUCAUUGGCUGUGUGCUGUGCAGCCCCGGGUGCUUCAGUCUGUUCAGAGCGGAGGCACUGAUGGACGACAACGUGAUGAAGAGAUACUCCACUACGUCCAUUGAGGCGAGCCACUACAUCCAGUAUGAUCAAGGUGAGGACCGCUGGCUGUGUACUUUGCUGCUGAAGCAAGGAUGGAGGGUGGAGUACAACGCAGCAUCUGAUGCUUACACCAACGCACCUGAGAACUUCAAAGAACUCUACAACCAGCGUCGGCGAUGGGGACCGUCCACAAUGGCCAACGUGGUUGAUCUGCUGGGUGCCACCAAGAUAAUUUCCAAGAGAAACCCGUCAAUGUCCAAACCCUUCAUGUUGUACCAGCUCUUUGCCAUCACGUCAGCCGUCCUGGCCCCAGCCACAAUCUGCCUUUUGAUCGCAGGUAGUUUGACCUUCGUUCUUGACGUCCAUGCUGCCAGUGCCCUGGUCAUGGCUGUGAUACCUCCUCUCAUCUACUUGGGUCUUUGCUUCAAACUCAAGUCAGACACUCAGAUCACUAUUGCAGCAGUCAUGAGUGUCAUAUAUUCAUUCCUCAUGUUGGUGGUGACAAUGUCCAUUAUUGGUGCAAUGGUGAAGGACAAAACCAUCCUGACACCCAGCAGCAUUUUUGUCGUCGCCAUGGCCAUCAUUUACAUCAUCACUGCUCUAAUGCAUCCUCAGGAAAUUCAGCUGGUAUUCUACGGCUUACUCUACAUCCUCUGCGUCCCCAGUGCCUACCUCUUGCUUACCAUUUACUCCAUGGUCAACAUGAACAACGUGUCUUGGGGUACACGGGAAGCAAAACCUGCCCCUGGAGCUGCUGCACCAGUGCCGGCUGCCACGCAAACAAAAACAGGGAAAGCCAAAAACUUCUUCCAGCAGCUCAUCUCAUGUAUGAAAUGCUGCAAAAAAUCCAACCAGACAUCUGGAGGCGGGCAGCCGGUUUUCAGCCAGGAGAACCUGAUCCCAGAGCCCGGACAGCCUGAACCUCAGCCCCAAAACACUUUUGUAGGGAUCCCAGAGGAAGAACAGAGGCAAGCAGAGCCUGAACCUUUUAACUCUCCUAUCCAAUGUUGGGUCACACAACUACAGAGUGUGUCUACUGACAUGCAGCUGGUGGAGGACUCACUCAUCCAGGAGGAGGAGCAGUUCUUUAGGGAGCUACAGAAGAAGUACCUGGAACCUCUGCCCAACGACAAAGAGAAACAAAAGAAGAUAGCUAGUGACCUGAAAGAGCUGAGAAACAAGAUAAAUUUUGCAUUCUUCAUCAUCAAUGCCCUGUGGCUGGUGGCGACAUUUACCCUCCAAGUCUUCGAGGAGGACUUCGCCAUCAAGAUCCCUAAGGUCGACCUCAACCUCCAGCCCACAGGAGAAGACAUACAAAUCGAUCCCAUUGCCUUGAUGUUCAUUCUAGGAUUUGCGACAUCGGUUAUAAUCCAGUUCCUUGCAAUGUUCUACCACAGAAUGUACACUCUGAUCCAUUAUGUGGCUUUUCUGGACACAGAACGUAAAGACCCAAAACCUGAAAAGCAGGAAGAGUACAUUUCAGGCAAAAAGGUCAACUCUGUCUCCAGCACCGACUCCAACCCUGAUGAGAAUUCUGAGUCUGAGGAAAGUGAUGAUGAAAUUUACUCCAGAGAUCCUAAUGAAGGGACCAUGGUGUAAACGCAGACUCUGUGCACGAGCACUCCUUAGCACUUUUAAAUUUCCACUGUAUGUGAGAUUUUACAAAAAAUGUCUUUAUAAUGUGCAGUAUAUUAUUUAUGAUUACAUCUAGUUAAGUGCAAUUUAUUUAUAAAAGAAAUGUAGUGAUUGAAUUUGUCACAAAGUGGUUUGUAGAAAAAAAAUGCAUAAUUUAAUGAAAUAGCGUGAGAAAAAGAAUUCAGGAACAAAACAAGAACACAACCUCUAAAAACUGUUUGUGUGUGGGAGUAUGUGUGUUGUGUGCAAAUGAAAGCAUCAGACAACAUCAGGUCAGUAAAUGUAACACUGUUAUUGAAGUUUUAUUAGUUUUAUGUUAGCUUGCUGCCUCUGUGUUAAUUGCACUGUAAUGUGAAGAGGAAUGAAUGAAGUUUAGACCCAGUAUGGGCAACGUGAAGAGGAACAGAACUGUCUGUGUCCACUGUUACAAAAUAAUGAAGUUCUUUUUAUGGUGAACAAACUCAGGGAAAUGAUCACUUUUACUCUGAAAAUCAGGGAGUUUUAAAUCAGGGAAUAUUUCUUAGAAAUGCCAAAGAGAUUACCUGAUCAUCUGUUUUAGAGCCAAAAAUCCUGAGCUGUAUGAUCAGGACAGCACACAGUAUAACAUUUAUUUAUUUAUUUUUGCUGUGGUCACUGGUCGUUACCUUUAUCAAGUAUAUUUGCACAUGGUCUGUAUGUUUUACACUGUGUUUAAAACACUGUGAAUCCCAAACCUUUGAAUAAAAAUUUAGAAAUUUAGCUUUUACUUUUUUAUUGGAAUUUUAUUGCACUAAAAUAGUAAUAAGCCUCCAGGCAGUCAUAAAGUAAAAAGAAAAGAAAUUGUGUGGGUUUUUUGUAUGUGUGUGUGUGUCAGUUGCAUGUAAUUCUGGUUAAAAUGUCUGGAUGGUGACAAAAAAAACUCCUCUUGAAGUUGCUCUCUAAUGGUUUAAAAUAUAAAAAAGCUGCUGGUGAUGUGAUGUGUAUCAGAGGAGGCACAUCGCCACCAAAACUGUAACAAACUUUAUCCAGUAUCAGGUCAUGAUCUUUGUUUGUAUUUAUUUUUGAAUGAAGUAGAAAAAAGUUUACUUACUAAAAUAAAUUUAUAUUCAGUGCUGUAUAAUUUCACCUUUUUGUACAAUGAAAUGAGUUGAAUGUU